AUGGUCAUUGUCUUGAAAAUGGCGCUGUGCUGGGUGGUUCUGACUCUAGUCCUGGCUGCUGGCGAGAUGGAGGCUACAUCUGAAGAGUCGAUUAUCAUGAGCCGAAUCGCCGCGACUAUCGGGAAGGCUUUUGAGGGUUGUAGGGAGGAGACCCAAUUAGCCCCCGAGAUCAUGAAAGAAUGGCACCAAUUGUGGGAUUAUGACUUGGAUGUCGGAGCACACAGAGAGAUCGGCUGUACCGUCAUCUGUAUGGGCCACAAGAACGCCUUACUGGAUGACGAUAAUACCGUGCAUGGUGACAGAAUGUUAGACUACAUCAGGACUUAUGAAAAUGGUGACGAUCUUGCAAACAAAGUAGUAGAAGAAUACAGUAACUGCGACAAACAGUAUAAGGACAUUGAAGACGAUUGCAGCCGCGUCAUUAAGAGUUUCGCUUGCUUCAAGACCGAUGUCAAGAAGGCUGGCUUCGCGGCCUACGCCGACAUGAUUAAAGAUAUGCUGGAGGAGCAGUGA